AUGGCCAACAAUAUGGAACCAAGAGUCCACCCCUUCUUCGAGUCUAAGACUUGUUCUCGGCAGUAUGUGGUAGCUUGUCCUGAAAGAAAAGAGGCGGCCAUCAUCGACCCAGUCCUGGAUUAUAAUCCUGAGAACUUCCUCAUCACCUCCGAAUCUGCGGAUGAACUCAUCGAAUGUGUUCUCAAGAACGGAUACACAGUUACCUUUUUGUUGGCAACACAUGCCCACGGAGACCACCUCAGCGGCCUACUAUAUUCAACAAACUCUCUGAACGCAUUCGACCACCUCUUCCAGCCCGACGAAGUAUUCAACAUUGGCGACGUGACCAGCAUCGCUCUCCACCUCCCUGGACAUACACCAGACCAUGGAGGCUACAAAAUAGGGAAUAAUAUAUUCACGGGAGACAGUCUGUUCAAUCCAGAUGUUGGCAGUGGCAGAUGUGACUUCCCAGGUGGCGAUGCUCGGGAACUUUUCCGCUCGAUGAAACGUCUCCUUGCUUUCCCGCCAGAAACGAGAUUAUACACGGGUCAUGAUUAUCCUCCCUCGAAUGAGUAUCCCUCGAAUGAGUACACGGCACGGGACCCAUUGCCGUAUGUUACGGUCGGCGAGCAAGAGAAGAAAAACAAAAACAAGCACAUCAAGAAUGACUCGUCAGAAGACGAGUUUGUGAAGUGGAGGUCUCAGUGA